CAAUGUGUCAUGUGUGUGUGUGCAUCCAUCCAAAUGCUGAAAUCACAGUGGCCAUCUGCAAGAUUUAACAGUUGUAUAAAUGGGUGUGGAGCCUACUGUGAUUCCACCAUACCCAAGUCAGAUCCAUUGCCUUCUUCCCCCUUGACACCCAUUUCUGAACCUCUCAGGCCAAUAAUAAAAAUGCCAAAGAUUUGAAAACACAAACCAGAGUUGUCACAGAAAAAUCAUAGCAUUAGAUAAAAAAGACUAUCUUUUUAUGCUUACAACACCAGCUAGAGCUUCUGCACCCACAAAGACUUGUUUUUUCUUCUCCCCUGCUAAUAAAGUGCCUAGAAAUCUGAAUGCUUGAUCAUGUUGACCUUUGUAGAAAAAUUAAGAUUGGUUGGUUGGAGGCAAAACAGUGAUUGUACGGUCUGGUGCUUCAGUUUCAAAGCCUAGGAUUGAAAUACAUCUUGUGACUGAUGAAGACAUUAUCUGAACUUCAGAGGAGCUCGUCCUAUUGAUUGUUGGUGCAUGGGAUUUGAUAUCUUCCAUAAUUGGCCAAAACACCAUCUCUACCUGCAAGCAUGGAUACUCAAGAAGAGAGUUCCACUUUUGGACCAUUGACAGCAAUGAGUUCAAGGAACAUGUCAUCAUCAUCUUCAGCAUUUUUUUCAGCAAAUCAAUCACCAUUCUUCUCUCCAAGAACAUCAUCAUGUCAUUUAUCAGAGACUUUGAGACCUGAUACACCAAGUGGAAGAAUUCAUAUAGAUGCUGCUGCUCCUCCCAGCACCAGUUCAGUGAUUCCAGAACCAAAGUCUCUAGUAAAUGCUGGAUUUUCCUUCUCUGAGGUGGCUGCAUCAGGUGAUUUGCAGAAACUUGAUCGAAUAUCUUCUUCUGUUGGCAAUGGCAUCUCCAGUAGCACCGUAUCUGGUUACUGCCAUCCCUACGACGAUAGUUGUUCUGGAACGAAAGAGAAGCGAAGUAAGAGAGGAAGAAACCAAAGAACAUCAUCAACACCGGGUUCCAGAUCGAUUUCUUCUUACAGACUGAAGAGUUGUGAUGUCUUCAUAGGAUUACAUGGUCGUAAACCUCCUCUACUAAGAUUCGCCAAUUGGCUCCGCGCCGAGUUGGAAAUUCAAGGCAUCAGUUGCUUUUUAUCAGACAGGGCUGGAUGUAGGAACGCUUUCAAGCUUGGCAUUGCAGAGAAAGCUAUGGAUAUUGCUUCUUUUGGGAUAGUGAUUAUAACGAGGAAGUGUUUCAAGAAUCCUUAUACCAUUGAGGAGCUGCAGUUUUUCUCCGGCAAGAAGAAUUUGGUCCCAAUAUACUUUGAUUUGAGUCCUGCUGAUUGUCUUGUCAGGGAUAUAAUUGAGAAAAGGGGUGAGCUUUGGGAAAAACAUGGAGGGGAUCUUUGGUUAUUGUAUGGUGGGUUGGAACAGGAGUGGAAAUAUGCGGUUCAUGCACUAUCUCGGAUUGAAGAAUGGAAGUUGGAAGCUCAGGAUGGAUAUUGGAGAGAUUGCAUACUGAGGGCUGUCACAUUAUUGGCAAUGAGACUAGGCAGAAGAAGUGUUGCUGAGCAUUUGACAAAAUGGAGAGAAAAGGUGAAGGAAGAGGAGUUACCUUUCACUCGCAAUGAGAAUUUUAUUGGCAGAAAGAAAGAGCUUUCUCAGCUGGAAUUUAUGCUUUUUGGUGAUGUUACCGGAGAUUCAAAGCAAGACUAUAUUGAGCUUAAGGCGAGACCGAAGAGAAGGCAUUUGACAAUCAAUCGAGGUAAGAGUAGUGUGCUUGAUCAAAGACAUAUGGGACAUGGUGAUGGAAGUAGGGAGCAAAAAGAACAAGUUCUAUGGAAGGAGUCAGAAAAAGAGAUUGAGAUGCAAAGUGUUGAAUUUUCUCAGAGGCCCCAUCGUCCAAGGCUCAAACGUGGUGGAAAGUAUUCUAGAAGAAAAAGAGGAAUGAAUAUUUUGUAUGGGAAAGGGAUUGCCUGUGUAUCAGGAGAUUCAGGAAUUGGAAAAACUGAACUCAUUCUUGAGUUUGCUUACAGAUUUCACCAGAGAUACAAAAUGGUUUUAUGGAUAGGAGGGGAGAGCAGGUAUAUAAGGCAAAAUUAUCUAAACCUCAGGUCCUUUUUAGAAGUUGAUGUGAGUGUUGAGAAUAGCUUGGAGAAAACUCGGAUAAGAGGAUUUGAAGAGCAGGAAGAAGCAGCAAUUUCUCGAGUUCGCAAAGAGCUGAUGAGAAACGUUCCAUAUCUCGUGAUCAUUGAUAACUUGGAGAGCGAAAAUGAUUGGUGGGAUCACAAACUUGUAAUGGAUCUUCUCCCUCGUUUUGGCGGAGUGACCCAUGUGAUCAUAUCUACACGCCUUCCUCGCAUCAUGAACUUGGAACCUUUGAAGCUCUCGUACUUAUCUGGAGUUGAAGCAAUGUCUCUAAUGCUGGGAAGUGGCAAGGACUAUCCAGUUGCAGAGGUUGAUGCUCUGAGAUCUAUUGAAGAGAAGCUUGGAAGGUUAACUUUGGGCCUAGCUAUUAUUGGUGGAAUUUUAUCCGAGUUGCCGAUAACUCCAAGCAGGCUCUUGGACACCAUAAACAGAAUGCCAUUGAAGGAAAUGUCAUGGAGCGGUAAAGAAGCUCAAUCACUCAGGCAGAACACUUUCCUUCUUCAACUCUUCGAUGUUUGUUUCUCAGUAUUUGAUCACGCAGAUGGCCUGAGGAGCUUGGCAACGCGAAUGGUGCUGGUAAGUGGAUGGUUUGCACCUGGUGCGAUUCAAAUUUCAUUGUUGGCACUCGCUGCGUACAAGAUACCAGAAAAGCAUAAGAGGACUUGUUUCUGGAAAAAAUUACUGCAAUGCUUGUUCACAUCCUCAAACACCAAAAAAACUGAGCUAGAAGCAUCUUCUCUGCUACUAAGAUUUAACAUUGCAAGGAGUAGUACUAAGCAAGGAUACAUCCAAUUCAACGAGCUCAUCAAACUCUAUGCGCGGAAAAGAGAUGUCACCGGAUCCGCGCAGGCAAUGGUUCAUGCUGUUAUAAGUCAAGGAUCAAUGUCUCAAAAUCUUGAGCAUUUAUGGGCUGCUUGCUUUCUGCUAUUUGAAUUUGGUCAUAAUCCUGCAAUUGUUGAGCUCGAGGUUUCUGAGGUUUUACUUCUCGUUAAAAAAGUGGUUCUGCCUCUCGCAAUUCACACUUUCAUCACAUACUCGCGAUGCAGCGCUUCCCUUGAGCUUCUGCACCUGUGCACCAACGCGCUGGAAGCUGCUGACCAAGCAUUAGUUACUCCGGUCGACAAGUGGUUGGACAAAUCACUUUGUUGGAGGUCCAUAAAAACUAAUGCUCAGUUGAAUCCUUGUCUUUGGCAAGAGCUGGCUUUAUGCAGAGCCACUGUGCUUGAGACUAGGGCCAAGCUAAUGCUAAGAGGUGCACAAUUUGACAUAGGGGAUGAUCUGAUCCGGAAGGCCGUUUUUAUCAGGGCUUCAAUUUGUGGUGAAGAUCAUCCCGAUACCAUAUCCGCGCGUGAAACAUUGAGCAAACUCACCAGACUAACUGCAAGUGUUCAAAUUCAUGCUUGAGUUUAUUAGGUUUUGCAUCUUGUAAGGAAACUCUAGAGUUAUACAAAAGAUUUUAUAAUAAAACUAGUUCUGUAUACUUUUUGUUGAAAGUUUCAACAGCAUAAUUUACAAGUCUUAUAUGAGACAUCUUCCAUUU